UCCUCCUCCUCCUCCUCCUCCUCCUCCUCCUCCUCCUCCUCCUCCUCCUCCUCCUCCUCCUCCUCCUCCUCCUCCUCCUCCUCCUCCUCCUCCUCCUCCUCCUCCUCCUCCCCAAGAUGCGGAGACCCCACCCCCGUCCAAAUUUUCCCCCUCCUGGUCUCCGUGGGUCCUCCCUUCCCCCCCUUGCCCGCCACAACGCAACCUCCCGUCGACCACUCUCUGACCCGCCUUCUGGAGGACCUACAACGCCAGGGCUUCACCAUCACUGAAGUCGAGAGAGACGGAGACAGGGUCGUGAGCUUCGCGUGGUCGAACGGGACUCACUCUGGCUUCGAAUUCCCGAGGAUUGUCGCCUCUGCUAUCGGGGGCAGGACGGCUAGAUUCGUCCUUGCGAAGUAUAUGGCCUUGCUGGGUGACAGAGAUCCGAGCGGUUUCAUUGACUGGUUCUGCGACGGAGUUCUCAUCAAUGAACAGUGGGUGUUGUCAGCCGCCCAUUGCUUUCUGCAGCGGAAGCUGACGGUGGUCCGCUUGGGAGAACACGACUACAGCGACGACGAGGAGGGAGCCAGACACCAAGACUUCGGUGUCUCGCAAGUUAUCACUUAUCCUGACUACAAAUUCCCUCAGGCUUAUCACGACCUGGCGUUGGUUAAGCUCGAACGCAGGACUAGUUUUACGGAUAACAUCAAUCCAGUCUGUCUUCCUUGGGGCAGAGAGUCGGAGAAAAACCUUGUGAACCAGAUCAUAAUACUCACAGGCUGGGGCGCCACUGAGCACGGUGGAGCUGGUAGUCCCAUCCUACAAGAAGUGAACCUGACUGUCUUCCACCACUCCCGCUGUGACGAGAGCUACUCCACCCUUCCCCAGUACUCCAGGGACUGGCCCAACGGCAUAGGAACAGAGAGCCUCUGCGCCGGAGACCCCAAAGGAGGCAAAGACGCGUGUCAAGGAGACUCUGGAGGCCCCGUGGUUUACCAGGACGAGAGCAAUCGCUACGUCUUAGCUGGUGUCGUGUCCAGAGGUUAUGGAUGCGGUCUACAAGAGUUCCCGGGUUUGUACGUCGACAUCCGCCUCGGCACCUACCUCUCCUGGAUCAAGAAUUUGGCCUUUUCGUAGGGAAUGGGGGAGGCGUGAGGGAAGAAAUGUGGGGUUGGUUGUUCGUACGGAGUGGAGAGUCAAUAGUAAAUAGGGUAAUUUAUGGUUUCUUGUAGAGAGUGAAAGGAGAAAAGGAGAAAAAGGAUAAUUUGAGAGAGAAUAGAUAGAAACGAUAUAUUUAUUAAAGUAAUGGUUUUACAUAGGGGUGAAAUGAGACGAUAUUAAAUGCGUUAUGGUUUCUCACACAGAGAGUAGAAACAAUAAUAAUAAUGUCGAUGGUUUCUCACAAGGAGUUGAAAGAGAGAAUGAUAGAAAAAUGAGAUUUUUUUUCAGUUUAAGAAAUAAGAAAUGAAACGAUAAGAAACUGAAACUCGAUAUUAACGGAAAUUUUUAAAAUAAAAAAAUGGUUAAGGUUUAUGUAGAAGGAGUUAUUUACUUGUAAUUUAUCCGGUUGUAUUCUGUUUUGUUUGAUGUUUCGUAAUAAAGAG